AGCUUUGGCCGUCAAGCGGGCGCAUUCCCAGAUCUCGUGCUUUGCCUCGACAUCUCGAAGCCAUGGCGGAUGAUGACCACACCUUCGAGUCCGCGGAUGCUGGCGCCUCCCACACCUACCCCAUGCAGGCGGGCGAGAUUCGCAAGGGCUCCCACCUCAUGAUCAAGGGCCGCCCCUGCAAGUGUGUGGAGGUUUCGACUUCCAAGACGGGGAAGCACGGCCACGCCAAAGCGCACAUUGUGGCCAUCGACAUCUUCACAGGCAAGAAGAUGGAGGAUCUUUGCCCGUGUUCCCACAACUUGGACGUGCCCUUUGUGAAGCGCACGGAAUACCAGGUGCUCUCGGCCGAUGCGGCUUCCGGAGAGGUGAGCCUGCUGACUGAGGCUGGUGACACCAAGGAUGACUUGAACCUUCCGACCUUCGUCAAGAUCGGUGAGCCAACUGAAGAGGACAACAAAGUGGUCAAGGAUCUCCUCACGGAGCUGGAGAAAGGUGACAAGGCAGUCUACGCUAUUGUGCAGAGCGCCUGCGGCGAGGAAAAGAUCGUGGCAACCAAGCUCGUGUGAGCCAAAGCUGAAAUUCGGCUUCGCGCGGAACGGUCCGCGCGAAUUCGAAAUGCUCGAAACUUCCAUAUGGGAGUGCCGCGACAGGCGACGGGCAAUCGGCGGCCUUUGGUGUUUGGUGUUUGGUGUA